CUCUUUACGCAUUUGUUUACCAUGCUUUCAUUUCUAGUUCCUUUUCGGUAGUGAGUCAUAGCGCCAUUCCCAGGCAGCCAUAGCCGCAUUCUCGACGCUGUGGGCGGGAGACCAGGUCAAGCAAAAUGGGGCGCCGUCCUGCACGAUGCUAUCGCCAGAUCAAGAACAAGCCAUAUCCCAAGUCUCGCUACUGCCGUGGUGUGCCGGAUCCGAAGAUUCGUAUCUUCGAUGUUGGCAUGAAGAAGAAGGGCGUCGAUGAGUUUCCCUACUGUGUGCACUUGGUCAGCUGGGAGAAAGAAAAUGUGUCGAGCGAGGCCCUCGAAGCUGCGCGUAUCGCUUGUAACAAGUACAUGGCGAAGUUCGCUGGCAAGGACGCCUUCCAUCUGCGCGUGCGUGUCCAUCCUUUCCAUGUGCUGAGAAUCAACAAGAUGCUUUCGUGCGCCGGGGCUGAUAGGCUCCAGACCGGAAUGCGUGGCGCUUUUGGAAAACCCCAGGGUACUUGUGCCCGUGUGGCUAUCGGCCAGGUUCUCCUGUCUGUGCGUUGUAAGGAUAACAACGGUGUGCAUGCACAGGAAGCUCUUCGACGUGCCAAAUUCAAGUUUCCCGGACGCCAGAGAAUCAUCGUGAGCAAGAAGUGGGGUUUUACAAACAUCACCAGGGAGAACUACUUGAAAUGGAAGGAGGAGAAGAGAAUCAAGAACGACGGAGUGAACGCCAAGGUCCUGACCAACCACGGUUGCCUGCACAAGCGACAUCCGAAUGAGCUUUUCAUCGACGCCGCUGUCCCUUCGAACUAAAUUUCGAUGUGUAGUUCGGCUGGAACGAUUGGAGGCUUUAUGUUUGUGCAUUUUAAGUAGAUCGUGAGGACGGUUGCUACUGAAUGUAAAAUUUUUGCUCGAUAGUGGUCUAUUGGAGCCUAAAUUCAUCUGGGUGCGGACUUGGGCGUUUUCUCAAAUGUGGGUGAAUACCGAGUAUGCCUGGUGAGCUUGAGGUCGAGUUUUCUGGAUUUGUGAUCAUGUACCGAGUCUGGUUCGACUGAGCUUCCAUCAUUGAACUCACUGAAUGUGAACUCUGAACUGUGGCAGAGGAUCACUUAGUCAGAUGGGGAUUGUGUGGAAAUGUGGAGUGGAGGAUGUGCAGUUGAGAAUUGUGAGGGAAUCCAGAACCCAGAAAGGUAACAGGGAACACGAUGGGUUUGUAUGUUUGUGUGCAUGAAAUAUCUGAGUUUACUGUUUUGUUUUCGUCGCUUGAUGUUUGUGUUCCUGUGCAUCUCCGUCUUGUCUCUGGGCUCCUCUCUUCUUAUCCCAUGAAAUAAACACACGCAUGUGCACACGCAGAGUAGUGAGAGACACGGCUUGCAGGGUUGGUGUGAGUGAAGUCGACCACUUGUCUCAGUGCUAUCGCUAGGUCUGGGCGACGUGGCGAGUCCUUGUUCAUGAGGGAGCCGGUGGAAGUUUGACGAAACAGUCUGGCACAGUCAUGCUCUUGCUGUGGAGUCGUGUAGGGCAAACAUGAGAGAGGAAGGAAAAUAGAGACAGUGAGAGUCAUGUGCCAGCAAACAAUUCUAAACACGGCAAACAGAAAUACCGAUAAAGGAAACGCGAGAUACAUGGGGAGAAAGAGAGCGAAGCCGGUCGGCAGUGUGAUUGUUGCCCACCUCUUGUUGCGAAGUAUCAGAUACUGAAAUUCCUUUCUAAAAAGCCACGUGACCUCAUGAAUGGGAAGAACGAUCGGAGGAACUGCACAUGUGAGCAGCAGAUGUAAACCGGCAAUGGAUGAAGGUGGCGGAGGAAGGAAAAGCAAAGCAUUAGAAGUGUCGUGUUAUGAGAAUACGUGCGUUGGGAAGCGGAGCGGCCAGAUAGAGCGAUGCCCGCCGGAUCAGUGUCUGCAAUCGUCCAUACUGCACAUCACCUGGAACAAAGUGCCCCGCAAGAAGAAAAAGAACUGAAAGGUGUGAAAGCAUUGGAUAGUUAGCUAGGCUUCAGGUCCUCCAGCGCUUGCAGGGAAGAAAAAAUGGCAUUCACCCAUUGCAGCGAGGCUAGGAGGUAUGACGAAGCUCCUUUGCAUACCAUACUCUACUGUCGGCACAGAACAUGAACAAAAGGGGCAAGCUAAUGAUCCUGGCAUUGUCCAACAUAAAUAAAAAGGGCAAGCUAAUAGUCCUCCCAUGGUCCUAUCUUCGCGAUCGAGUGUUCCUAGUAGGACGACGUGCAUUAAACGUCGUUGCCGUAAUGUGAGUGUUCCCCUCUCGUACGCACACUAGGAAACCCUCAUUUUGUGUUGGUCUUUUGUAUUACAAAUGGCUUAAUUCUUUGCCAUUGUGGACCAUGGGGUUUGUCGUUGAUGAAAAAACGGUAAUGUGAGUGGCCACGAGGUUUUUUCGGUGUUUUUUUGGGGUUUUGGCGUAGUUCGCGCAGUGAUGUCGCUGUAGCACUGCGAGGUCAUAUGACUCGGCAGGGGGAGGUUCACAGCACACUUGGUGUAGAGUAGAGAUCGGGGGCCUCGCUCCACGACUUUCUAAAUGUGCAAAACGAGAGU